AUGCCAACCUAUCCAAUCCGUCGCCGACCGCGCGAAUGCAAAACCUGUCUACCGUGCCGAGCGAGCAAAGUCCGCUGCGAUCGCAACGUCCCGUGUGGAAACUGCACCAAGCGCAACUUCACCUGUUCCUACGGCCGUCCAUCCUCCUCCAAGAUCCCCAAUCCAGCUGCCGUCACAGCCUCGUCCACUCCUCUACAAUCAACCUUCAUCUCCCCCACAAUCCCGCCCUAUGCCCACUCGGCUCCCACCCGCGAUGGUUCGUACCCGACCGAUCAUCCCUCUAGCACGAGCGCCGAUCCCGAUCUCUCGGACGUUAUCGACCUCUCCCAGGCGGAGUGGGACGAGAUCAACGUCAAGAUGGUCGCAAUGGAACAAACGAUUGGAAGCCUGCACUCGCUCUUCCAGGCGCACUCGGCGCGGAAGCCCCCAGAGCCGGAGCCGAUCGAACGAAAACAUUCCACAAGGUCCGAGGGUGUAUACGGGUCGAAUGUGUUGAAGACAGGUGCUGUCCACCUGGGCUCGCGGUCGGCUUUGGUGGAUAUCUUGGAUAAAUCGAAGAGGUCAGAUGAUACAGCGCAGGCACUGCCUCAGGAGGACCUCCUUGCUGAACUUGCAUUGGGUAAUGAGUCGGCGGCAUAUCCCUUCGUCGAUCUUUGGUCGUCGGAUCCGUACACAUUCAAUAUCGCGGGUGUGUGCGCGGUUCUCCCGGAUGACGAUCAAUGUUAUGAGCUAUUGAAGUUUUAUCAAGAUAUCGGAGCGGUCUUGUAUCCUGUCCUUUCGAAUCUUCCUCAAUUAAAACGAAGUGCAAAGCAGCUGCUCGAGAAUCGAAGACGAGCAGGCGGUGUUUAUAAACCCGAUGCCAAUGGGUUGGUCAAGCCAUUUGGCAUGGACUUGGCUUUUCUCAGUCUCCUCUUUGCGGUUCUCGCAUCAGGGAGUCAGCUGUCCGACAAGCCGGAAAGCGAGCGUGAGCUGACUUCGUGGGUAUACGUUUCCUGUGCGUAUCAAUGUCUCCGGAUGUUGAAUUAUGUAUCGCAACCCAGCGUAGAAGUAAUCCAGAUCCUGCUGAUCAUUAGUAAUGUCCUUUCAUACAACAUGAAUGCGGGUGCAUCUUAUACUUUACUUGGCAUGACGGAACGCAUGUGUCUAGUCCUCGGACUUCACGUUGAGUCAACAGGAUUCUCACUUGAAGAUCAAGAAGUGCGAAGGCGUGUCUGGUGGGCAAUGGCCUUUCAGAACAGUCAUUUCUCGCUGGCCUAUGAUCGACCAUCUAUCACGAUGGUCAGCCAACCGGAGAUCCCAUUCGAUCCCAAAUCAAUGCCGGGACAUCGCUCAUAUUUCGAAACUCUCUGUCGAAUUGUUUCCUCGGCAUUGGAGCUUCUGCGGUCACGCAUGUAUCCUGAAUCUUCCCAUUCGCGGGUUCAUGACAUCAAAGAGUACAAGCAACAGAUCCAGCGCAUGCUUGUCGAAGCAACGCCCCACCUGCGGUACGUCGAGAGCUGCCAUUCUCUCGCGGACCAUAUCGAGCGCACAGAAUUGCGACUGCACUCCUCAUAUCUUCUCUCCGUCCUGUGCCGAGUCUCACUCGACCCUUAUGCCCAUCUUGACGACCAUCGACGGGCAAUUAUCCGCGAAGACUGUAUCAGCAGCCUGAUGAACACCAUCGAUGCCUUUGUCGAGCUGCACGAAAUCAAUUCGCACUGCUCACGGUCCUGGAUCAGUCUGCAGCGAACCAUCGCAUCUGCAUUUCUUCUCGUCGCCAACGACGACGGUCCACGGACUUGGCAGUUGAUCGACAGGCUAGAGGUGGUGCUCGCGGACCAUGUCUAUGCCGACGGUGACAAGGACCAAAAUAAUCGCACCGAUUCAGCCAAGCACGUCUCAUCCUCCCUCCGAGCUCUGCGCGAAAUCCGCGAGGCCUUCAGUGCCCGCAAGGGCGCGCCAUCCACAUCCAAUUCCGGCGAGAGUUACUCGCCUCUUGAUCUGCCCUCUCCUCCCUCCCUUGAAUCCAGUCCCAAUGUCCCCUCUUUUGUCGCCCCUAGCUCUGUUCCGCAGCCCGUGGAGGGGCCCAGCAUGCGGAAUAUUCUGGGUCGCGUGUCUGACGUGAUGUUGUUCCCUAGCAUGAGCGGAGACAAACCGGUAGCAUAG